UUGGGUCUAUGGAUGUCCCGAAUGAGCCACGAGAGAAGAUGACGGAGUCCACGCACAUGCACGGCUAGUAAUAUUGAUCGAAUGCCCUUUAGAUAUUUCCUUGGUCAAUAUUUUACCCCAGAGCAACUAUUAUCAAGUAAAGAUGCCAACUGAAAGGGGGAAAAGAAAAGGGAAAGCGAACGGACCAAGCCAGACCUGCUUAGUCAGGCGCGGAAGGGCAGCGAAGAAGUCUCCCUAUGAACUCAUCGAAUCCAACUAAGGAUCUGCUCCCUCACGCAGCGUUAUAGAAUCAUGCAAUCCAUACGCGUGGCCCUUCGGGUAGCUUCGAGCAUCCGUGCAUUCUCGACCACCCGAGGCCUCCGGUCGGAGCUGUCCUUCCAGGUUUUCGGACCGGAAAAGGAGGAAGCCAGCCGCAGUCCGAUUGUCUUUCUGCACGGCCUGUUCGGUUCCAAACAGAACAAUCGUAGCAUUAGCCGGGCCUUGGCACGUGAUCUAAACCGGCAGAUCUUCACGCUGGAUCUUCGGAACCAUGGCCAGUCAUUCCACGCCAAAGAGCACAACUAUUCAGUUAUGGCGGAAGAUGUGACCAAGUUCAUUCACCAGCAGAAUUUGGACCAGUGUGUUCUCAUCGGCCAUUCCAUGGGCGCGAAGACCGCCAUGGCCGUGGCUCUUAAUUCUCCCCAAUUGGUCUCUGCCUUGAUCCCCGUGGACAAUGCGCCUGUCAACGCGGCAUUGAAGAGUGAUUUUGGCAAAUACGUCGAAGGCAUGCAACAUGUCGAGGCAGAAAAAGUUACCAAGCAAUCAGAGGCAGACAAGAUUCUCCAAGGUUACGAAGAGUCCCUGCCCAUUCGUCAAUUUCUCCUGACCAAUCUGGUCCGCUCGGAAGAAGACAAGACGAUGAAGUUCCGCGUGCCACUUUCGGUGAUCGGCUCCUCUCUCGACAAUAUGGCAGACUUCCCGUACCAGGAACCCGACCUGGUCAAGUACGAGGGCCCGACGCUUUUCGUGAGAGGCACGAAAAGCCGAUACGUCAGCGAUAAAACGAUCCCUGCCAUCAAAAAGUUCUUCCCCCAUGCUCAAAUAACCAACGUGGAGGCAGGCCACUGGUUGAUCUCGGAGAAUCCGGAAGCUUUCAGACAAGUCGUCGUUAAGUUUUUGCAAGAAACACCCUAGAAACUUUAUUGGACUUAGGCAAAACGAACGAGAACCAAAAGAGAAGGUUGGGUAAAAGGAUAGACUAGAUGGAGACUUGGUGGAUGGUGUUCAGUUGCUUAUUGGGAUAUGUGCAACAGCAGAAGU